AUGAAAGACCUCCUCAGUCGCGACUGGUGCCAGAGAGCGUGGACAUUUCAAGAGCUUGCGCUAGCCUAUACUCUGGUCAUUCUCUGCGGCGACGCCGCAGUUGACUGGGAUGCCUUUAUACGCGGUCUUGAUGCUUUCUAUCCCAAGACUGAAAGAUACGGACGUUUAGGAGCUGAUGAAGAGACUCUUGAUUAUUGGCUUGAUUGGGUACGCAGACAUUUCAAAGAAGGCUUGGCGAAGAGAGAACCUCAGGAUUUCCAAAUAAAGUAUGCUUUCAUUACCUACAUCGGGGGUACAUCGUUGGUAUUAGUUUUCGCGGGUCUUGGCCUUUUCGACUUGUCUCGAGAUAACGGGUUUGUGCCUAUCCACGUCCUCGGCGCAACAACCCCAUCGACUCUCAAACUGGACUCAAAAGAAACACCGUUAUAUGGCGCUCUUUAUGCUUUGCGUAAUCGUGUUGCUCCCAAUCCAAAAGACCGCUCUUACGCUCUUUACGUUCCGGACUGGACAACCGUUUUGGACGAGACUUGGGUCGAUGACAAGUACCUCUACAACACGAACGAGCACAGUGCCACGCCCAGAUUGCAGGCACACGUGUUCAUACAAGAUUACGAGCUAUCCGUCAAGGGAACAUUCUUUGGGGCUGUGUCGCUAUCUUCGAAGCCUUUGGAAAGUAUAGAACAACACGAUCUUGAUACGGACACCUCGUCACUGAAGUCUUCUCGAUUCAUCGGCCAGGUCUUGGAAAUAUGCCGGUGGAUUUCCGUCCUGCGAAAAGAAAUUCCCUUGGUUGACGCUUACGGCCCGGUCUCAAAAGCGGUCUUUCCCGUUCUCGAAGGGCGAAUGACAAAUCUAAGAGAUCCGAAUACUCUUCACUUCAACUCAAUGUAUCGAUUGUUCGUCGGUCACAACCCCAAAGUGCUCGAUGGAGAACCGGAGGCAGUAGAGCAUCUUCUAGAAGCGUUUUCACGGAACAGCGACGCUUUUGCGUACAUGAUAAGCUGCUUUCGCAAAUUCGGCGGCAGGAGGAAUCUACUCGUUCUAUCGAACGGUUACAUAGGGUCGGGACCACCUUUCACAAAGGUUGUUCUCAUAGCGGGCGUUCCGGUACCCAUGGUGGUGCGUCGCCAAGAUGACGGCACUGGCAGAUACGUAUUGAUUGGGCCAGCAUUUGUACCGGGCGUUAUGGAGGGCGAGCACUGGGGCCGCGGGGAGCCAGAGGAGAUGGUGCUUGUGUAAAAGAAGACUUGCUGAUUUCCUCGAUCUGUUUACGCCAGAGCACGUGUGUUCGCGAUGCCGCGGCCCCAACUUAUAAUUGCUUUUUACACCAACGCGCUAAAUGGUGGGGC